UUUAAGAAGCAACUUCUUGAAUAUACAUGAUUAUACCUUUUUAUAUCGAGAUUUUUCUUAUAAACAUAAUCCAUUGUAAAACAGGAGACUGUACAUACCUUGAAUACAUUGAAUGUGAAUGCGACAGUUUGACAAAUACAUUGUUCAGAUUUGUAAACAUUAUUGGAUAUGUUACGUCAAUUGCCUAGUUUACUGUAUUGUAUCAAUACAUAAUACACUCUAUUGAGGAACGGAUACUAUACCAUUUAAUGUAUAAGUGGAUUUAUACUUUAAGGGUUGUCGAUAUUACAUCAAAGUGCUCAGCACAAAAAGUGGUAUUUUACUAGACUUGGGUUAAAGCGAAAAACAUUUCGUUCUGGUAUUGGAGAAAAUAUAAGAGAGAUUUAGAGGAUAUAUUUAAAUCUACUAGAAUAGUUAAACACGGGUCCCUUCCAGCUGACUCUACAGUACAAACAAAAUAGAGUGAUAGAUAUCAAUAGAGUUAAAAUAAAAGAAACAUUUUAGAAAACAGUUCGGUCAAAUCACCAAGAAACUAUGAUUAAACCAGCUUGAGUGAGGAAGGCGGAACAAAAUGAGAGGUUUUGUAGACGCACAGUUUCGAGCGGGGCUAUUACUAUUCCUUGUUCAGAGUUUAACCUGCUUGGAAGAUAUGGAAUUUAAAGUACAUAGACAGUGUACUCAAACGGGCAGAAAUUCAUUGUAUUCAACACCAAAAGUCACAGUUCCUAUUGUAGUUGACGCUAUAGGAGUUGUCGAGUCUUUGUCCGAAUUUCAACGUCUAAAAAUAGAUUUAUGUCCGGACAGUAGAUUCCUGAAAAUUAGUUGGAUCAUUAACAGAACAGAUGACUGUGACUUGAUGGUUUGCUAUAGAAUGGAGAACAAUAAAGCUGAGAAUCUUUUGGAUACAGUCUGUUACAACCUGCAUCUACAUCAAUCAAACUUCUCGUCUGCUAUGAAUUGCUGGUUCCCGAUGAGAUUUAUUGACAGGAAACCAACCAUUACAGCAUGGACAUUACCCACGAGGCCAUCAACACAAGGGAUAUUUUAUGGAAGUCUUGACACAGGUGCCUUAGAUCCUGACAAUACAUGUUCGGAUAUAUGUGAGGUUGUGGAAAUGAAGGUGGGAUCACAAGUUAAUUGUCAGCAUACUUCUGUUGUCAUGUACGACUCCACGUCAUAUAUAGAACACCUGUCUUUUCAUACAAAGAAUAAAUCUUACUGCAACAAUGGUAUCAAAGUCCUAAACAAAACUGAUGGUCAACUUGAGUAUAAAAUAAACUGCAGCUUUAACGGAGCAGGAUUUAUAAAGAUAUUAUACCGUACGAAAGGAAAAUAUUGUUUAAAAUACCAGAUGGUCAAUGUUGUUUGUAACCAAGAGAGAACUUCGAAAAUUACAGAUGAACGUGGAAUAAAUGAUGCACAUUCAUUUGGAACAUUUAUGAUAUUCGGACUUGUGUGUUUACUUGUUAUAGCUGCUACAUUUUUCACGGUUAUUUAUGUUGUGCAGUGGGUAUAUGGUAGAACUCAUACCCUUAAGUCUAAUCACCACAGACGGCACUCGGCUGCAGCAGGAGCGCACCACCAUGUCACUAUAAAAACAGAAGAAAAGUUUCCACUCGCCAUGUUUAGUCCUCAGCCAUCAGGUAGCAGACAAAAUGCUUAUUCCAUAAAUACAGACUCUAUGGAAAUGAAAAAUAUAACACCAAGAAAACGUUCGGCCUCCGUGUCCUCUACAAAAAUGCCGGAAGAAGAAGAUCUUAAACGAGGCUUACUUGUUUUGCCCAUGCGCAAAAGCAUUACAAUGGCGUUACUAGAAGAUACUGAUCCAUUUUAUAAAAAGAGAAUACUAUUUCUUCCAAUACCUUUCGAUCACUUUACCAACGAGGUUACUAAAAUUCUGAAAUCUGUUUUCAUGGAUGAGGCUGGUAUACCGAGCCAAUGUUGUUUUGAUAGGAGGAUAUUUCAAGAAUACAUGACAGGCGAUAAGUUCAAAUGGUUAGACAAUGUUCUUAGCGACCAUGAUAAAAUUCUAAUUUUUAUAUGUUUUACUUCAAUAAAUCCAGAUAAGGUAGAUGUUAAAAGAGAUUCAAUGGCUGAGGAAGUUUUAGACAAUCUACUAUCAACCAAAGUAAAGUCACAUAGACUGUGUAAAGUUGUACUUCUUUACCUAACGGACAGUCCCAACAGUGUUCAAAACGUCGGAGAUAUUGUAACAGAUUCCUUUCAUAUAAAUAGUGCAACUUGUUAUGCCAAUUUUGUAGGUAAUGUGAUGAAUUUUUGUGGGAGAAAUCCUGAAGCUAACACAGCUCUCAUCAAAAGAAUUACAAACUCUCAGGCGUCCAAACAUUUCCUAUCGUUCAUUGGUAAAAAGGGAAACUCAUAAUUUUUCUCAUAUGUUCGUAUAAGAUUACAGGGUAAUUGAAAAUGCGUAAAGUAUAGAAAAAAACAACAACCAACCAACAAUGUUAUUAAGCACAUCGAUUGAAAACAUGCAAAGUGUACUGGCAAAAAAGUGAGAUGUGAAAAUCUUGAAUGUCGUCCAAUACGUCGGACAGCAAGUUACUGCCAAUGUCUAAGCACAGUCAAACAUGAAAAUAUAACAAUGCCGAAAUAAAGAAGUCAGUAAAUACAUUGAAUAUUUUUUGUGACAAUGACUGAUAAAAAAAUAUUUGAAACAAAUGUACAUUACUUCAUUGCAGCCCAAUAUGUUUAAGAUAACACACUGACAUUAUAUUAAUUUUGAAUAUAGCUUUAAAGGGCUCUUACAAAACAUUCAGAUACCUGGAUUGUCUUUCAUUCUUUAAACAAAACUUCAUUUAUUUAUUUUUUAAACAAAUUCGAACUUUUGAAAGCAAAUAUCUAAAAUGGUCUCUUGAGAAUAAAUCUACACAAAUCUGAAUUUCGGAGAGUUUCGAAUUUCAGUAACAGCCAAGUUUGCUUGAAGGGAUAUGCUGACGUUAUAUCUUAGUAAGGGGAAUAACUCUGCUUUACCAUUCACAAAUAUGAACAUUGUUUACGUCCCUUAAUUCGAAUAAAAAAAUUUGUUACCGUGUGGGGUAUGUAAAGUAAAAUUGAAUAGUAGAGUAAACAAAAGUUUGAUUUAAAAGUCACAUAGACAUCAAUCUAAAUUUACAACACUAAAUUAAUUCGAUUGUACUCUAACUUGCUCUUAUUAAUAAAGUGACAAACGCUUAAAGUGCUACUUUUCUCCCCAGAUGGCAAAUCAUUUAUUAACUUAUUGUAUUUAUUUGUUUUUCGCUUCAUAUGUUUUAUGUACUUAUACUGAACACGUGUAAUACUAUUUUGAAAAUAAAGAAGGUAAAUUGAA